UACCUUCAGUACUUCCUUCAAGCUCAAACCAUGAAGAUGCACGAGCUACGAUAUCUACUUAUUACUCUGAGCCUGUUUCUGACUGUGGGAAAUGCCAAGUCCUAUUGCCAGAUCACACAGGCUGAAACAUGGACCGAUCGCCUUUUUGCCCACAUUGUUCAAAAUCGCUACGAGCUCUUGCUUACGGAUCGAUUGCAACCAAAUCAGCAAAUAAGUUUGCUGUGCGAUGGUAAUGCGCAGGUGUUCACCUCCACCUGCCAGACUAGUGGCCAAUUCUCUCCAGCGCUGCCCAGCACAAACUGCUCAAAGGCAAUCCAGCCAUCUGUGGUUCCAACUGUUAGUUCUACGUGCCCACACACCAUGUAUUCGGUUGGUUUCCAGUUCGGAAAUGCGUUCAUGGAGCUCUAUCGAAACUGCUACGACGCCACCACCAUGACGGCAUAUUUCUCCAUCAGCUUGGUGUACCCCACCUAUUUGAAUUCGGGAAGGCCGCCAACUGCGUUCGAUAAGGAUGGGAUCAUAAGUCCUGCAGAUGAGGCUACCUUUCAGCAGAGGAGUGUCUACAAUCGUUUUACGUAUCUUUUUGGAUCUGGACAAACUUAUGUGCCCUCUUCCAAAAGUCUCUCCUUCGAUCGAGGUCACCUUACUCCGGUCGCCGACUAUAGCUUCCCAAAAAUUCUGAGACAAACGAACAAGUACUUGAAUGUCGUUCCCCAGUACUACAGUAUUAAUCGCAGCAAUUGGAAGAUCGUUGAGAAUUGGGUUCGAGGACAAAAGGAUGUGCUGAAGGUCUGCACAGGGUCAUUGGAUGUUCUUCAGCUAUUGGACAGAAAGCAGCAAUUAGUUUCAGUUUACCUGGCGCCGAACAAAAAUCCCGUUCCUAGGUGGACAUACAAAAUCAUAAGGAGCCUAACCACAGGCAACAAGUACGUGAUCUUGACCUCCAACAAUGGGUGGGAAACCCAAGAACCAGACCCAUCAUCAGUCUGUAAAGUUACUGCCUGCCCCACAACUUUGAAUCCAACCGGUACUGGAUACACCUUUUGCUGCGAUCCAAUUGACUUUAUCAGAAGAAACGUUCCCAAUUUAGCAGGUGUUUGCUAGGUGUAUUUGCUUUGUAUGUACGUAUUGAAUACAAUUAAAUUAAAUUUAUAAUAA